AUGGCUGAAUGGGCACACGCGGCGGCCCGAUGGGCGGUCCGCGGCGCGAUCGCGGAGUCCAUUUGCCGCUGCGCGAUCGAGGAUUCGGACGCUUCCGACGGCCUCGUGGCCAUCCUCUGGAAGCAGCUGGCGCGUUGCGGCCCGGAGCACCUGCAGGCGUUCGCCGACGAGGUCGAUGCCGCGGCCUACGACGCCGGCGCGGGAGUGGCUAUCCUAGCAAGCCUGGGCCGCGGCCUAGUUGCGCUGGCCACGAUCUUCGGGUUCUACUUGGCCGGCGUCGUGGGCCUUCCUGGCGACACGUGGUACAUGUGCAACGCAACGUCGUCGCACUUCCACGAGUUGGUGCCGCCGCAGGCCGUGGCCAACGAGGAGGUCCUGGUGCGGCGCGGGGACGUGGGCCUCGCGCGCAUCGACGACGUCUGGCUCCACGCCGCCAAGGUCACCGAGGGCCAGCUCUUCGACUCCUACCUGGCGCGGGCUCGCGACGGCGUCGGACCGUCGAGCUUGCUGAUCUCCGCCUGGGCUGGCUGCGUCGUCUUGUGCAAGGCUUGCUCGAGGCCAUCUCUGAUCUCGCUUGCAUGCGGGGCCAAGCUGGACCUGGGAUUCCCACUGCACAUCCCGCAUCUGCCCAGCCCUGUCAACAAAGAGCCGCCACCUGGCUCCGAACUCGCACAUCUCAAGUACGCGUCCUUGAACAAAGGCCUGGACUGUCGGUACAUCUGGGGCUGCCACUGCAGGCGGCAAUGCGGCAAGGGCCGGGGAGUCAGCGCGGGCGUCGCCGGCCCCGACAGGCUCAAUCUCAAUCACAUCUGCCUGGCUGCACAACUGGUGACGGACCCGAUUCCGCUGCAGUACGUGCCAGCACCAGCGCUGGAGGGCUCCUCGCAGGGCCUGGAGGCUGACGCCCUGCGCUGCGUCAAGUGGUGGUUGCGGAGGCGCAGAAUACCCGUGGCCAAGGAGGGUGGCUACCCCUCCGUGGUCUGGACGCUGGUGGUCCUGCACGUGCUUCGGUGCUCCUUGUUCCUCGCGGGAGGCGACGGGCAGCGGGACUCCCUCACGCUGCUGGGCGCCUUGGCCGCCUUCUUUGACCGCCUGGCCGAGAGCGGGCUCACAGGCACCUUCUUCUUCGAGGGCGGUACCAACGCGGCGUUCCUGCAGGGCGCCGCGGCGGCGCCCCCUGCCAGCGGGCUGUCGGUGAUCGACCCCACGACCACAUGCGAGGAGUCCGUGGCCUGGGGCAUCACCCCGACCGACCUGGCGCCGAAGACCUCCGCAGCCACGCAGCUGCUGCACAGGUGCGAGCUGCGGCGCGCGCAGCGCCUCUCGGCCAUCGCUCUGGGAGUCGGGCGCGUCGACUCCCAGGAGAGAGCCGCCGCCGAGCUGAGCGGCGCGGAGGCGCUGCAGGAGCUCUUCGCUGACGUCGGCGAGUCGGUCAACAGCUUGCCUAGCGAGGUGCCGGCGGAACCCUGCGCGGUGGUCGCGGUCCAGGAGGGAGGGGCGGUGCUGACGGGCCUGCUGGAGCAGGUGCGGCCGAAGCCGGGCUGGACCGCGCCCUUCCUGCGGCGCGACGACAUUCGCAGUGGUUUCGCGCUGCGGCGGUGCGAGGUGGACACGGUGACGGGCUCCCUGGUGGAAUACCAGGACGCCGACGCGCUGGAGUGGUUCCACCCCUCCGACUUUGUCUGCGCCGUCCCCCUGCGGCGGUGCCGGGAGCCCGCCGCUGGCAGGCAGCAGGCCCACCGCCUCGAGCCCGAGGGCCUGCGCCGGCUCCUCGAGCUGCGCGCCGUGGCGCCCUGCGCCGCGCCCCCCGCGUGCGCCAUGCCGUGGGCGGCCGGCGCCGCGAGAGACGCGCGCAAGAAGCGCAAGAACGGUCGCGGGCAGAGAAAGGCCUGCGCGUAG